UUCCAUUUUCAGUCACUUAUAUAAAAGCAGAAAUGUGCAGGGCAGGGGCAGGACGAAAUAGCCAUGGAUGACAGCUUCAAAGUUCGCAUGGAUAAAGUAUUCGGGUCGCUGGGCAAUACAGCGAGUGCAGGCCAUUCCUUGUGGCGCCUCACAGAUGACGAAAUCAAAAGACAAGAAUGGAAUCGGAACAAAGAAGAAGAUGAAGAUGAUAAGGAAGAAUCUGGACCCUCCGAUUACCCGCUGGAGAAACCCGAAACCGAUGUUGGGACCCAUCUGGAAUCGGAUCUUCAGCAGUUGAGUGACUCUGAAGAAGAGGAUGAAAUUGAUGGAGAAACGAAACAUCGUAGCUCUAACACCGUUGAUGAUGAAGUCAAGGAUGUUCAAUCCCUCAUUGGACUUGACUGCACCCUUGAUUAUGAGGAGGAAGAAGAUGAAUAUGACAAAGUGGCUGUCUGUAGAGAAGAGGCUGGUGACCGCCUAUAUAUGAGGGACUUGAAAGUUGCUGAUUAUGGAUUUGAGAGACCUAACACUUAUGGCGAGCUUCCGAACACAUUCCGGGAUGUUGUUAGAGAUCCGCGUGCAAAUCACAUGGCUGCUAAACUUAGGCUGAAAGAAGAUGAGGAGGCAGCUGGGAAUAUUGAUUCCUUACCAUUUGCUGAUAACUCUGUGGCCCUGGAUGUGGAGACUGAAGAUCUUAACCAAGUAGCACUCGAUAGUUAUAAUCCAAAAUCUAUUCUGAAGAAAAGAGGAAAUCACGUAGACUCGAAGUCCGGGAAGCGUGUCCGCUUCCAGUUGAACUCUAAAGGCAGUACUCAGAACCAUGAGGAACAACAGUCUUCUGGAGCUGGUGAUUUAGUGUUAGAGCCACGGUCAAGGGAUGAUGAUGCGGCACCACAAGAAGCUGCUGAUCUUUCGCAAUUUUCAUCUGGUGUUCCAGACUAUCUAAAGAACCCUUCAAAAUACACACGAUAUACUUUUGAUUCACCUGAAGACAUGGAUGAGCAAUCCAAUCGAAAGGAAUAUAUGGACUUCUUUCAUCAGCUGAGGGGAAACACUGAGAGCUCAUCGCAGGAUGACACUUGUGCUGACAUCCCAAAAUCAAUACUAUUCACUCCAAAAAAGAAGCGAGAAGAUGACUUAAUGGUGAAGAGAAGGAACGAGUCUGUGGGAGACAGUGCUAAGAAAAAGGGAUUUCCCAUUGGUGUUGCGGAAGAAGAUGCUCAAGAAAGUGAAGUCAGUGCAAUGGAAGAAGACGAGCCAUAUAUAGCAAAUGAUAAAGGUAACAGCUUGCAGAAACCAGGUCGCCAAUAUCGGUCAAGGACAAGUGCAUGUGAUGACGACAACUUGACCUAACUACCACUUGGAUAAUAUAGUCAGCAUUUCAGUUCCAACACUUGAUAGUUUGUACUGCUAGUUGGCUUCAUAUUGUGAUUUGCAUGUGGAAAAUGGAGUUAAAUUUUCUUGUUACUUUGCACGCUUGGAUGGCUGGUCGUUUCUCAUGGCUAGUUCUGUGCGAAUUAUCCUUGUUUAUUGCAAAUUUAUUGCUACAUUUAUCUUGCCCCAUAAUUUAAUAGGAAAAAAAUGCAGUUUUCGGAAAA